AUGGAUGACCUUGAGUCUCUCGAGCUCUUGUCACUUAUUUCGAGGGUAACGACUGAACUGCAAAAUCAUUUAGGAGUCAACGAAAAGACGCUCGCGGAGUUUGUGAUCGACCAGCAUCUAAAAUGCAAGUCUCUCGACGAAUUCAAGAGCUCCCUCAAGGCUGUGGGAGCAGAAUUUCCUCAGAGCUUGGUGGAAAGUGUGGACCGCCUAGUCCUAACAAUGCAUCCUAAAUAUAAGUCGAAGCGAACCAAGCCGGACGAACAAGAAAAGAAACAUAUCGGACAAGAUGGAGUCGAUGACAUCGAGAAGAAAGCGAGGGUCUUUAAAGGGCUUGCGGUCCCAGAUGAUAAAGCUCCCCACUGGGAGGAACAUGAGCCUGAACCAGAGCGUAAUACAAAUGCAGAGGCUAUGGAUGACACGUUUGCGAUGCUAGAAGGUUUGGCUGGCAAAGCUAAAGCGGAACAAAAUGGUUACUCGAACAGUCGAAAGCGGAGCAGAAGUCCUGAAAUCAACGAUUAUGAUAGAAAUCGGCCUCGUCGUGGGAGGUACAAGUCUAGGUCCAGGUCCCGGUCUGGAUCACCCAAUAGAGAUCGGUAUGGAAACAGGCAUUCUCACAGGAUCCGCAAAUACCCUGAUGAGCCUAGGGAACGAGGACGAUCUGGGCGCAAUUAUAACUAUGAUGAUGAUUUAAAGAGACCACCCGCAUCCGAACUAGAUGAUCGGCCUAUUCUCUUCAAAAUUUAUGAUGGCAGAGUGACCGGUAUCAAGGACUUCGGUGUAUUUGUGAACUUGCAAGGGGUCAGGGGUAGAGUUGAUGGUUUGGUUCAUGUAUCUGCGAUGCAAGAGGGAGCAAGAGUAAAUCAUCCAUCCGAUCUUGUGUCUCGCGGACAGCAAGUCAAGGUCAAGAUUGUUUCUAUCCAGGAUUCAAGGAUCGGGUUAUCGAUGAAAGAAGUUGACCAGGUUUCCGGCCACGACCUGGCACCCCAGAGGCGAAUUGCGUCAGGAGCAAAUAUGGAAAGAUUAGAUGGAACUGGCGCAGAUGAUCGAUAUGGAAACCUAGGGUCCAGCGUACCAGUUAUCGAGCGGGAUUCCGAUGCUAAAAGAAGCAAGAAAAGGCUAAAUUCUCCAGAGAGAUGGGAAAUUAAACAGCUUAUUGCAUCUGGUGCCGUGUCUGCUGCAGACUACCCUGAUUUGGAUGAGGAAUAUCACGCUACGCUAAGAGGAGAGGGAGAUUUCGAAGAAGAGGAGGAUAUUGAUAUUGAGGUACGUGAAGAAGAACCUCCAUUUUUGGCGGGUCAAACCAAACAGUCCCUGGAACUUUCUCCGAUUCGUGUCGUUCGAGCACCGGAUGGUUCACUUAACCGUGCUGCCAUGGCUGGCGCAAAUCUCGCAAAGGAAAGGAGAGAGAUUAGACAACAAGAAGCCCAAGACAAGGCUGCGGAAAAGGCAGCUCAAGUCGAUCUUAACGCACAAUGGCAGGAUCCGAUGGUUGCGCCAGAACAGAGGAAAUUCGCGUCAGAGUUGCGCACUGCUACCACUGAAAAGUCAUCAGAGUCUUUGCCAGAGUGGAAACGAGCAGCGCAGAAUAAAGAUGUGUCAUAUGGGAAGAGGACAAAUCUUUCUAUGAAAGAACAACGCGAAAGUCUUCCUGUGUUCAAAUUCCGCAAACAACUACUCGAAGCUGUUCGGGAAAAUCAGUUACUUAUUGUCGUCGGUGACACGGGGUCUGGAAAGACGACGCAGGUCACUCAAUACCUAGCAGAGGGAGGAUUUACAAAUAAUGGCAUGAUUGGAUGCACGCAACCUCGGCGAGUAGCCGCAGUGUCCGUUGCUAAGCGAGUAUCUGAAGAAGUUGGCUGCCAGCUGGGCCAGGAAGUUGGUUAUACUAUUCGUUUUGAGGAUUGCUCUAGUCCUAAUACAAAAAUCAAGUACAUGACUGACGGCAUUCUUCAAAGAGAAAUCCUUUUGGACCCAGACCUGAAGAAAUACUCUGCCAUAAUGCUUGACGAAGCCCAUGAGAGAACUAUUGCCACUGACAUACUUUUUGGGUUGCUCAAGAAAACUAUCAAGAGACGGCCUGAUCUUAAGCUCAUUGUGACAUCAGCUACCCUCGAUGCAGACAAAUUCUCGGAAUACUUUAAUGGCUGUCCUAUCUUUUCUAUACCAGGAAGGACAUAUCCCGUGGAAAUAAUGUACUCCAAGGAACCUGAGUCAGACUACUUGGAUGCCGCCUUAGUUACAGUGAUGCAAAUUCACCUCACCGAACCACCCGGGGAUAUCCUUCUGUUUUUAACUGGUAAGGAGGAGAUUGACACUAGCGCGGAGAUCUUAUAUGAAAGAAUGAAAGCGUUAGGUCCCAACGUACCCGAACUUGUUAUUCUUCCUGUGUAUUCCGCUCUUCCAAGCGAAAUGCAAAGCAGGAUUUUCGAGCCAGCCCCUCCCGGGGGAAGAAAGGUUGUUAUUGCGACUAAUAUCGCGGAAACGUCGAUUACAAUUGAUCAAAUAUACUACGUUAUCGACCCUGGGUUUGUCAAACAAAAUGCCUAUGAUCCAAAGCUGGGAAUGGACUCGUUAGUGAUAACACCAAUUUCACAAGCUCAAGCCAAACAACGAGCUGGUCGUGCUGGGAGAACAGGACCUGGUAAAUGUUUUCGAUUAUAUACUGAAGCUGCAUAUCAAUCUGAGAUGUUGCCGACAUCAAUUCCGGAUAUUCAACGUCAAAACCUUACCCAAACUAUUCUUAUGCUCAAGGCGAUGGGAAUUAACGACCUCUUACAUUUUGAUUUCAUGGACCCUCCCCCUACCAACACAAUGCUCACUGCUCUUGAGGAGUUAUAUGCACUCUCUGCUCUUGACGAUGAGGGGCUUUUGACUCGCCUCGGUCGGAAGAUGGCUGAUUUCCCCAUGGAUCCCGGCCUAGCCAAGGUCCUUAUUGCCUCCGUGGAUAUGGGUUGCUCCGAUGAAGUCUUGACUAUUGUUGCUAUGCUCUCCGUGGCUCAAGGUAUCUUCUAUCGACCUAAAGAAAAACAACAGCAGGCAGAUCAGAAGAAAGCUAAAUUUCAUGACCCUCAUGGUGACCAUCUCACCUUGCUAAAUGUGUAUAACGCAUGGAAACAGUCACGAUUCAGUACCCCUUGGUGUUUUGAAAACUUUAUUCAAGCGCGACAAAUCCGUCGAGCCCAGGAUGUCCGCCAACAAUUAGUUACCAUCAUGGAUCGAUACCACCAUAAAAUCGUAUCCUGUGGUAGGGAUACUACGAGGGUUCGCCAGGCAUUUUGUUCAGGCUUUUUUAGAAAUGCUGCUAGAAAAGAUCCACAGGAAGGAUAUAAGACUUUGAUUGAAGGCACCCCAGUUUACAUGCACCCUAGCUCAGCACUCUUUGGGAAAGCUGCUGAGCAUGUCAUUUUCGAUACCCUUGUCCUCACAACAAAAGAGUACAUGCAGUGUGCCACGACAAUAGAGCCAAAGUGGCUUGUUGAGGCAGCACCGACGUUCUACAAGCAAGCGAGUACCAACAAAUUAUCAAAGAGGAAAAGAGCUGAACGCAUUCAGCCAUUACAUAACAAAUUUGCAGGCGAAGAUGACUGGCGACUAUCAGCUCAAAGACGACAAGGUCGUGGUGGUGGUGGAGGAACCUGGGGAUGA